AUGCUCAGCCGCCCGAACGGCGAGCUCACGAGGGCCGACCAGUACUACUACCAACUGAUCGGCCGGCCGCCCCCCAGCCGGCAGUACGACCGCAACCAACCCCUCAUCCGCGAGGGCCCCAACGACUACAUCAUGCUCCGGGGCGGCGCCAAAAAGCUGCUCCGCAGCCUCCAGCCCAACGGGAACUACCACUUGACCAAGCUCGGGAAGAGCUUCUUCAAGGACAAGUGGGUGGACUGGGUGGUGCACGUGCCCGUCAUCAUCCGCGGCAUCCGACGAAACGGCCGGAACCGCGGCAUGCCCUACGAGCGCACGAAGCGCCUGCCCGUCACGGACCUCAACGCGUCCGCGCUCGCGCAGCUCGGGAACCCCGAGCCGAACGACAUUAUUUGGGAGCUGUCCGAUGAGACCUACUACCUGGACGCAACGAAGGAGUGGACCUUCAGCCAGCAGGCCAUGCAGGUCGUAGACGACCGGGUGGUGGUGGAGACCGUCCUGGAUCAGCCCCUGGGGGCUCUGCGGGACGUCUCCUACCAGCUGUACUGCGGCGACGAAAUCCUAGAGUCCGCCUUCGAACAGCGGCCGGACAAGCUUUGCGUCCCUCGGCAGCUCGCGGAGCUGAUGCGGCUGCCGCUGCAGGAGGUGCUUUCGGACUUCGACGCAAUCUGCACCAAAAAAACGUGGCGGGAGCAGGGCGUCACCCCCCGAGAGAUCCGGGAAUUCUGCCUCUGGCGCCAGGCCCCGAUGUUCUACGUGGACUGCCAGGGCCGCCUGCUGGACAAGUACGAGCCUACCGUCAAGGAGCAGCGGGCCGUGGCCUUCACGAGCUGGAACGGCCACGCCUUCUUCUACAAAUCCGCCCGCACCGUCGCGAAGUGCGAGCCGAUCGGGGAGCGGGCCAGGUACCGGGGCGAGAGGAAGCCCGGCGAAACGCCCGAGUUCAAGGAUUGGCGGGAGUGGGAGGGCGAGGUCGCCAGCGGUCAUUUCUACACUGAGGACCUGGAGCAGGUCCGGAGAGAGCUCCUGGCCGAGGGGCACUGCCCGAAGGUGGUCAUGCGAAGCAUGAGCGAGUGGCGGUGCCUGCGGCUGAGGGUGCGGGGCGGCGAGGACUGCGUCAUCUCCGCCUUCCACGAAGACCUGGAUGUGCUGCAGGCCUGGAUGGGGCGGCUGGGGCUCCCCUAUUGCGGGCAGCGUCUGGCGGGCGCCGCGAGUGAGGUCUUCCUUCACCUUCUCAAGGCCCGCCGCGAUCCGCCCGGAUCUCGGCAAGCCCUGCUCGCGGAGCAGGACCACCAGUGCAAGCUCUGCGCGGCCCCCAUCACUGCAACCACGUGCGAGUUGGACCACAUCGUCCCCGUGCACCAGUCCUUCGCCGCACAGGCCCAGAACCUCCAGGCACUGUGCCUCGAGUGCCACCGGAACAAGACGGCCCUGGAGUCCUCGCACGCCACGACACUGGAGUCGCGCUUCAGCCGGCGGGCUUACGAGCAGUACGUGGAAUCGCCUCGACUCCCGCCGCUCGUCUUCAAGCUCAACAGCCACAAGCCGGACCACAUCUGCCACGGUAUAGACGUGGUGCGGUGCCGCAAGAACGGUCUGGCCCACGCCAAGUUCCCGGCGCCCAUCUUCUGCCCCAAGGACAACGUUGAGCAAGCCCGCGAAGGGCACCUGGCGGACCUGACCUACGUGAGGCUCCGGGAGGACGGGCGUUGGGCGGCGUUCAAGCAGCUCCCCUACGUCGGCCAGGGCUGGUACGCCAAGCCUGCGGUGGCCUACAUGCUGGAAAAGGGCCUUGCGACAUGGAGCGACUUCGUGCACAGCCUGGACGCCACGGCGCACGUGGACCAGGAGUCCGUGGCUCAGGCCCUGCAGAAAAUGGAGGCGGCUUGGCCAGAGGGAGAGGAGCACUACGCGAAGCUGUCGGUGAAUGCCCUCAUCGGGCUCUGGGCACGCAACAUGAACCUCAUCUACACCAUGCGCACCAGCAACCACCAGUUCGACGGCUCCGGGUGCCAGCACCGGGAGCUGUUCCUGGACGCCGCGGGUGGGAUGCACUGGGAUCACAUCUACGUGACGCAGUUGUUGUCCAACCGGAGCUGCCGGCCCGUGCACGACUUCGUGAUGGCCUCGGAGUACGUCGCCGUCUCCAGAAUCCGGGAUGCACUCGCAACCGUGCCGUCGAGGUACCUGAAGGCCGUCAAAACGGACUGCGUCGUUUUUCAGGACCUGCCCAAAAAGUUCCAGGGCCUCGUGGACAGCCUGGUCCGCGAAAGGCAUCCCGACGGCACGCCCGUGUACCGAUGCGAGGAGGUCAAGGGCCUCGAAGGCCAGUAUCGGAUCCCCCGAAUCGAGGCGGAGUGGAUGUGCAACAUUGACACCUGGAAGGUCGCGGAGGACCCUGUGCUCCACUGCCUCGAGGGCGGGAGCCUGCUGCUGACCGGCUACCCGGGCACCGGGAAGACCCACCUGGCGCGCCAGAUCGUGACCGCCCUCCGGGAAGAAGGGUACAAGGUGAAGAUCAUCACGAAGACCCACUCCUCCGUGCAGAACUUUGGAAUGCAGGCGGAGACGGCCGACCACUGGGUGCGGAGCACCGUCCGGAACGGCUACUGCAACAUCGACUGGCUGGUGGUGGAGGAGAUUACGCAGCUCGACACGGGGCUGUGGAACGACGUCACCUGCGUCUCCAUGAACCGCAAGGUCAAGUUCCUGCUGCUCGGCGACUUCCGCCAGUUCCCCGCCGUCAUGGACAACUUCGCGGGCACCCCGGUGCAGCGGGAGCUCAAGCACUGCCAGCUGCUCCACGACCUCACCGACGGCUGGCACCACGAGCUCACCGAGAACAGGAGGAGCGACCCGGGCAUCUUCGACUUCCUCCGGUGGCUCCGCGUCGACGAGCCCCGGGAGCAGUCCCUCCCGGAAGCGGUCCGGGCGGCCCAGGAAAGGUUUCCGCGGCAAGGCGAGCCCGACGUCAGCCUGGUCAUCUCCCACGCCCACCGCAUCAGGAUCAACGCGCGGGACAACCGUCGUCUGGCCCCGCCGGAAGCUGUGACGAUCGAGUACACCGGCACCGGCCCGACGACCACCAACAUGCCGCAGACCAUGCGGGUCUGGCCCGGCCUGAAGCUCAUCGGCGUCGGCGGCCGCGUGACCAAAGGCAUCUACGUGCAUGUGGCCGAAGUGGGCCCCGAGAAGAUCGUCUUGGACGGCGGCGACUCCUUCACCCACGCCGCCCUCCUGAAACACACCCGGCUGUGCCACGCCAUCACCUACGCCUCGUGUCAAGGCCUGACGCUCGAAGGGCGGGUCUUCCUAUGCCGGGGCUUCGGCCUCUCUGAGCUGCAGGUCCGUCACUUCCAUCAGAAGCCCGCACUGGCCCGACAUGAGCCACACCUGGCGCAAAUCUGCGCGCACCUUGCAUUCCCGACCGGCCAGGUCGCCAGGAUCCUCCAGCGGCUGCUGGUCGGCGUCCCAGAAGCGGACUCGGGACAAAUCGACCUUGAGCUUGAUGAAGCUGUUCCCGCGGGAGGAGGUCUUGAGGUAGGACACGAAGCGACCCUCCACGUCCGACGCGGUGAGGUAGCGGCCGAAGAUUUUAGAGUCGUGGAGGCAUCGCUGGGUCAGCUGGCCCUUGAUGUCCUUCUCGAUCGCCUCCAGGUCUGCCUUGGCGGCCUCGUUCUGCUCGAGACACAGGGGGAGUCGCCGGGCUUCCGUCUCGCUGCCGUAGGGGCUGGGGUGCCACAAGAUGCGCAGCCACUCGCGGGACCGCCAGGCCUCCGCGCACACCGGGAAGAACUUGCCGCCACGCUGGUUGGUCGUAAGCUCACCGAGCUUGAGUACCGUUUUGGGCUCCAUCGCUCCUUCUUUUUUUCACGACAAGAAAAAAAAUGCCGGCCACCGUCUCCACCGCGGAGUGCGGGGUGGCCCUGCUGGCGUGCUUGCUGGUCCUGUGGGCCUUUUCUUUUCCUUCAACAAAUGAGACUCCUGGAACUCUUCAGCGGCACGGGGUCGGUCGGACGUGCCUUCGGCUGGGAGGUAACGAGUCUUGACAACAACCCAAAAGCCAGCCCAACCAUCUGCUCCGACAUCCUGCAAUGGGACUACAAGGCCUUCGAGCCCGGGCACUUCGACGCAGUGUGGGCCUCGCCCUGCUGCACCGAGUUCAGCAUCGCACUCAAGAAGCGCCCCCGCAACCUGCCGCUCGGAGAUGCCCUGGUGCUCAAGACCCUGGAGGGCCUCCACUGGGACAAGGUAACGUACUGCAAGUACGGCUUCCGCUACAAGAAGCCCACGGCCAUCUGGCACAACCUGCCCUGGACCCCCUCCCAGGGGCCCUGCCGCAAGGGCGACCGCUGCGAGGCCUUCCAAGGAACGCGUCACCCAGAGGCAGCGCAGCGAGGGCCCACCAAGGGGCGGCAGGGGAGCAACUCGCGGGACCAGCUCUACUCCAUCCCGCCUGUGCGUCUCUUCAAGACGCCUGAGUACUCCGUCAAGCAGCCGCCUGACCCCGUGGUUUGCAAGCCCCCCGCCAAUGGUAUUUUGUGUGCUCCAUCUGCAAGCGGAAAGACGGUACUCCUUGUGAGCAUGAUUUUGGAGCAAUACCGGGGCUGCUUCGAGCGCAUCUAUAUCUUCUCGCCCUCGGUGGAGGUCGACCCUGCCUGGCAGCCUGUCAAGGACUACAUCCGAGACGAGCUGGGCGUGAAUACGGACCGGGAGCAGUGCUGGUGGGAGGAUUGGGACGAGGGGGCGCUUCGCAAGAUAAUCUCGGACCAGAAGCGCAUCACCCAGAAGAGCAAGGAGCUGGGCCUGAAAAAGCUCUACUCGGUUUUGGUGGUCCUCGAUGAUCACGCCGACAAUCCGGCGGCGCACCGCAAGACGGGCGACGGCGUCCUGGACACCCUCUUCAUCAGAGGGCGUCACUUCUGCAUCAACACGUGGGUGUCUACCCAAAAGCUGCGACUGAUGAGCUCGGCUGUGCGAGUGAACGUUAUGUUUUAUUGCGUCUUCCGGCUGCGAAACCAACUGGAGCUGGAUGCCUUGGUGGAGGAGCUGAGCGCCAUGCUCCCGAAAGAAACCCUGUACGCCAUGUACGAGGAGGCCACCAGGGAGCCCUACAGCUUUUGGUUCGUUAACCUCCGCGCCCCCAAGGAAGACAUGUUUUGGGUGCGCUUCGACCGGAAGUUCUUGCUAAAUGGGGACGCUCCUGAGCCAGAUGGCAUCUACGAUCCCAGCCACUGGCCGCCGCCAGAGAGGCCCCGACAAACCUCCGACGGGUCCAACGCCAGCGAGUUCUCGGCGCGGCCCACUCGGUUUUUCAGGCGCCGUUCUAAAAAGGGCAUGACGAGUAUCUACGUGGACUCGCGCCUCCGCGCGGAGGGCACGGACAGCAGCUUCUCCUUCGACAUCGGUGAGAGUGUGCACAUUCAAUCCGGCGCCAAACUUGCGGUGUACAAGGUCCGCGUUGCUGACGCCUUCCUGAGCACGGACCGCGGGACGUUCUUGUACUGGGAGGACACGGUGGCCGGCACCCUGCACUACGCGGAGCUCCCGGUGGGCGCGUACACGGGGCCGCGAUUGGCUGCGUGGAUCAGCAGCAACUUCGCUUCCGCCAGCUACACCGCGGAAACGAACGAAUUGGACGUCACCUGGGAUGGCGUGCGCCUCAUCCUCAACGAUGCCGAGCUCCGGCAGCGCUUCCCAGGCACGGCCCCCUACCCGCCGGGCGCCUCGCCCAGCAAGCCCCUGUCCAUCAACCACCUCCUCGGCCCCAGCUACCUCACAGGCUCUGUGCAGCGCUUCGUCUUUGUGACGAUGAAUCCGUUCUCAGAACUGUACCUCAGGUGCCCAACACUGGCCAACGGGGAGACGACCGUGGGCCCGUUGGGGCACGACAUCCUCUGCAAAAUAGUCGUUUCGAAAGGCGUGGGCCACGUCAUGGAGACCGAGACGUCAGAGGGGCACUGGGUUCAGCUGCACGGGCCCAUAACCCUGCGUCACCUGCGCUUCAAGCUCACCGACUACCAGGGCAACAUCGUGAACACUCGAGGCACCAGCAUUUCCUUUGUGGUUUUCCUCGACACCGAACGGUAA